AUGCCUAUAUCCCUCCGUCCACUUGGACGGAGGCAUGAUGGAGAGACGCGGGCGUCUCUCCAUCCCCAUGUCUCUCCAUCCAGUGGAUGGAGAGACAUGGGCAUGUCUCCAUACCUGGAUGGAGAUAACUUACUUGGCGGCGUGGUGAUGUUGGUGCUGGCGAGUGGCGCAGAGAGUGGUGGAAGACGGAAGAUGAACGUAGUUAGAGUUAAAGACUGGAAAGCGAUGAUGCUGUUGGUUUCUCGCAGAGAGUUUAGUGCCGUGAAUGAGAGCAGGUUUCUUAUCAUAACGCCUCAACAGCUGAAGCCCUGUUCCCGUUAUCAGCUUAGUACUCAUUGUGCCUCCGUGCACGCGGACGGAGGCACGACUUACCUCCAUUCUCGUAAUGAAACAGAGAUUUCUGAAACCGACAAAGUAGGAAAUAUCGCAGGGUUGUAUGUUCAAUCUCAACCCUUAGGCCUGAAGGUGCCCCUCUCUCCCUCCUCCCGCCACCCGCUUCUCUGCACACAGGCGGAUUUGUUUUCAUUCACAGAAGGGAAAAAAAGAAAGAGGGUGACUCUUGAAGAUUUCUCAUUAUUGGGCAAAGGGAUACACAGAAAUGCCUAUGCUACCAUGAUGUAUAUGGGGACUCCAAGAGACUACGAAUUCUACAUAGCAACACGUGUCAUGCUCAGAUCUCUCGUGAAGCUUAAGGUUAAUGCUGAUCUUGUUGUCAUCGCCUCCAUGGAUGUACCCCUCCAUUGGGUACAAGCUCUCGAACAGGAAGAUGGUGCACAGGUCAAGAUAGUCGAAAAUCUAAAGAAUCCAUAUAGAAGUCAGGCGAGAUUCAAGCUAACACUGAACAAACUUUAUGCAUGGAACCUAGUGGACUAUGACAGAGUGGUAAUGCUUGAUGCCGAUAACCUCUUCCUCAGAAACACAGAUGAGUUGUUCCAAUGUGGCCAGUUUUGUGCAGUAUUCAUCAAUCCUUGCAUCUUCCACACUGGUCUCUUUGUGUUGCAGCCAUCAAAAGCAGUAUUCAAUGACAUGAUUCAUGAACUGGAGAUAGGGAGAANCGGUCGUGAGAAGAGACGCAGGAUCGGUUAUUUCUCUGACGAGAAGAAGAAAUCGUCGGUGGCGGACUCUGAGCGCAGAGACUAG